AUGGAGCUUUAUUCUUCAUCUUCAUCUUCUUCUCUCCUCCGCGUUUCUGGGCAAUGUCCCGAAAUCUCCUUCUCUUCUUCCGUAUCUCAGUUCCCAUCCGGAAUCCAGCUAAACGCAUCGAUUCUCUCGAAACCCAGAUUCCAAAGCCUCCGAAUUUGCGCCUCCGUGGCGGCGGAGACUCAAGGUCUUCCACGAGACAGCCCACAGCGCCUCCUCAAGGAGCUCGCGCAGCGGAAACAAGCCACGGGACCGAAGAAGAAACUCCCUCCGAAACGAUUCAUCCUAAGACCGCCAUUAGACGACAAGAAGCUAGCAGAGAGAUUCCUCAAUAGCCCGCAAUUAUCCCUCAAAUCGUUCCCUCUGCUCAGCUCCUGCCUCCCGCCGUCGAAGCUCAACAACGCCGACAAAACCUGGAUCGACGAGUACCUUCUGGAAGUGAAACAGGCGUUGGGGUACUCUCUGGAGCCGUCGGAGAGCCUGAGCGACGAGAAACCGGCGAAGCACUUCGACACGCUGCUGUAUCUGGCGUUCCAGCAUCCGUCGUGCGACAGGGCACGUGCGAGGCACGUGAAGAACGGGCACUCGAGGCUUUGGUUUCUGGGUCAGUACGUGCUUGAGCUUGCGAUCACGGAGUUUUUCCUGCAGAGGUAUCCGAGGGAGCCUCCGGGGCCGAUGAGGGAGAGAGUGUUUGCUUUGAUUGGAAAGAGGUAUCUCCCGAAGUGGAUCAAAGCUGCAAACUUGCAGAAUCUCAUAUUUCCUUAUGAUGAUAUGGAUAAGUUGAUUCGUAAAGACCGUGAGCCUCCGGUUAAAUCUGUGUUUUGGGCUUUGUUUGGUGCUAUCUAUCUAUGCUAUGGGAUGCCGGAAGUGUACCGUGUACUGUUUGAGGUGUUUGGGAUGGACCCAGAUUCAGAGGAUUGCCAACCUCGAGCGAGGAGACAGCUUGAGGAUGUAGAUUAUGUCUCUGUUGAAUUCGAAGGCAAAAAGUUAAACUGGCAAGAUAUUGCUACUUACAAGCCUCCUGAAGAUGCUUUGUUCGCACACCCGAGGCUAUUCAGAGCUUGUGUUCCACCGGGAAUGCAUCGUUUCAGAGGGAACAUUUGGGAUUUCGACAGCAAACCAAAAGUCAUGCAAGCUUUAGGAUACCCUUUACCGAUGAACGAUCGAAUCCGUGAGAUAACCGAAGCAAGAAACAUCGAGCUAGGACUCGGUUUACAGCUCUGCUUCUUGCAUCCUUCAAAGCACAAGUUCGAGCACCCGCGGUUCUGUUUCGAGCGGCUAGAAUACGUAGGGCAGAAGAUCCAGGACAUAGCAAUGGCGGAGCGUUUGUUGAUGAAGCACCUGGACGCACCGGGGUUGUGGUUACAAGAGAAGCAUCGGCGUUUGUUGAUGAACAAAUUCUGCGGUCGGUAUCUGAGGGAGAAGCGUCUUCACAACUUUAUAAUCUACUCGGAGGAGGUUCAUGAUCGGUACGAACAUAACCGGAGGCUUAGGAAUCCGGCGACGACCGCUGUUCAACAAGCCAUUCACGGUUUAGCAUACACCAUUUAUGGUAAACCGGAUGUUCGACGGCUCAUGUUUGAGGUUUUCGACUUUGAACAGAUUCAACCUAAAGCUGUCGUCUGA